CUCCCAUAAAAACAACAUGGCGAGAGGAAGAACGAAGCAAAGUGUGUAAAAACAGCAGUUAAAACCACCUCAAACACUCUUAAGAGUGUUAGUGUUAGUUAUCAGUAUGCAGAAGGCUCCAAUASCUCCACCAAGAACCAAACAAAAAGUGGUAUAUAGUGGUUGGCUGCGUAAACAAGGUGGUGGAUUUAGAACAGUUAGAACACGAUGGUUUGAGAUAAAAGGUGAUCAACUCUAUUACUACAAGGAUAGAAAGGAACCCAAAUCUCCCCUGGGUAUUGUGCCGUUAGCAGGCAAUGAAGUCAUUAGGUUUCCCCUUGAUCCUAAUGAUCCUGGAAAGUACAAGUUUGAGAUUAUAUCUGGCAAGGAUAAAGCAGGGCGUAAUGUAACUGAGGGUCAUGAAACGUUUGUAUUGAUUGCAUCCACAAUGCAAGAAAUGGACUCCUGGAUCAGUGUCAUAAAUCGUAUUAUAUACCAGCCAUUUGGUGGAGGAAUGUUUGGAGGUGACUUGGCUGAAACCAUCAAGUAUGAAGCAAGAAAAGGUGGAGGUUUUGUACCAAUUAUUGUGGACAUCUGCAUGAAGUAUAUAAGAGAAAAUGGUCUUGAUGAAGAAGGUCUUUUCAGGCUUCCCGGUAACAUGAAGAUCAUUACAGAAUUGAAAGCAGCAUUUAACAGAGGUGAAAACCCAGAUAUUUCUGAUCGAGAUAUUCACACAGUAGCCUCACUUCUCAAGCUGUAUCUAAGAGAACUAAGUGAACCUGUCAUCCCUUAUGACUUUUUUGAAGUCUUUCUUACUGCUGCUAAAUGCUAUGAAAUGUAUGAAAUUGAUGGCAUAAUAUCCAUCCAGAAACAUCUGCAACAGCUACCCAAAGCUAACUAUAACCUUCUUAAAAUGUUGUGUCGUUUCCUGUUUGAGGUACAAGAACAUUCUGACGAGAACAAAAUGGACACUCGUAAUGUUGCUAUGGUAUUUGGUCCAAAUAUUCUGAGAUCAGGGUCAGAAGACCCACAGGUUAUGAUGGAGAGUACUGGACAAGUUACUGCACUUAUUUGCAUACUGAUACGUCAACACGAACUCUUCUUUCCUCCUAGUGACGACGAACAUACAUACAGUCGACCUMCUGUGAUGCCAGAUAGAGAAUCCAAACUUCUAAUAGACUUUAGUAGUGAGUCACCUGUCAUGCAGCGGGCCUCCGCUCCAGGAGCAUCACCAUCGGGGAAUUUUAAUGUGACAGAAAAUGAAUUAUUUCAGGAAGCAAUAAGCAAUGGCCCUGCAGAAGAAGAAGAUCUUAAGACUCAAGUUGAAGAAAUGGAGAAUGAGAUGGAGCUGCAACAGCAACAAAUAAAAGAGUUACAAAUGGAUUUAGAAAAACAAAGAAAAGUACAAGAAAUGCUGUUAAUUCGCCUGUCAGACGAACAACGAGCAAGGGUUGCAGCAGAAGACAGAAUAGCUAAACUCAAUGAAGCAAUGGAUGAAUUCAUUGUUCAGAAUGGAGGUUUUGGGUUUGGGCAAGGACAUUAGCAAUUGCAUUAUGCAUAAAUCCAUCCCUUUACUCUGGGUAUGACUAUUCAUGAUAUAAUACAUCAUAUGUAGCUAUCUAUAGUUUAUCUUAACAAAAAAACAAAGAGGUUUAAAGCCUGAGAAAAUAUGAAUGGAACCUCUCCUAGUAAGAGACCAUGGAAGACCAUGAAGUUGGCUAUCUGGCUUAGUACAAAAUUUCCUAUGCUUCAUAAUCUAUUCUAAUCUUGUGAUGCAGUUAACAAUAUUUUUGGAAAAGAAAAAAAACAAGUUUUACUGCAACACAAGGAAUCCAUCAAGACUGUCCAGAUAAUUGUCAACAAGUGGUUAAUUUAAGCAGGUUAAUAAAUGUAUUUUUAUUCCAAUUCAAUAUUUUUGUUACUUAGACAGCCAUAAAUGGAUAUGAAUAUUUUUGUACAAUACGUAACAAAAUAGUUCAGGUUAUACAACACCAGAGGCAGAUAUCAGAGACAAUAGUGAUAAAACUUAAAAAAGUAGCAAAAAGAUGAUCUUAUUUCAAAGAUUUGUACAGACUUGGUGAUUUGUAUAUUGAGAGUAUGAUCCUGGUUUGUUUUCAUAAUUUUUCAAGAACUUUACUAAUUAGAAAUCCAACAGAUUUAACCAACUCUAAAGGCCAAUUUACAUUGUAUGAUUUUUCCUCACAACUGCCGUAUGCAACAUGUUAACGACAUAACUGCUUCAUGUAGAUGACUGUGACAAUGCAAUUUGCUUAUGCUAUACAUGUACACGGCAGCUAAAACUUGGCAUAAGCAUGUUUGGCACAAUAGUUGUGAGGGAAAAUUGUACCGUAUGAUGUAAAUCAGCCUUAAUAGAUAUUACAAAACUGAGUUAAGGUUAUCCACCACAAGUAGAUGAAACAAAGAACRCUAGUACUCAUUGUUUGUCCUUGGUAGUGGUUGAAUCAAACUGUGAAAUCUGACUUAUGAAAUUUAGUAUAAAAUAUGGAACUUCCUAACAAGCAAAAUUUUAAUUUAAUGCUAUUUGUUUUGAUCAUCAAAUCAUGUUAUUAAUAAUAAUAAUUGAUAAUAGAUUAUUCUACACCUUGACAAAUGAUUGAUAUCUUUUGUAAGAAGCAAAUGAAUGGUAUACGUAAGUUAUGUUACUAUAGAUAUUCCUUACUAAUUACUGUAUUGUUGUUGGUCGUUUCUUUUGCCACCCUAUUUAAUAAUACCAUUGAAUACAAACAAACAUGACUUUGAAAUAAAUUAUCAAGUAGUUAUUA